AUGUCGUCUCAAGAUAAACAGGAUAAACAAGAUAAUAAUAAUACUAAGAUAUAUAUUGAUCCUAGUCAAAAUACUUCCGGAUUAUUAUCCGAAAGUACUGAACAUCCUGGUCUUGAAUAUGCUACACCUGAAUCUGUUCAAAAGGAUAUUCUGGGCGAUAAUCCUGUCGUCGCUGAGUCUGAAAAAGAAACAAUUAAAUUCUUUUCGCAUCCGAUCUCUUUUAUCUUAAAUACUAUUGGCAUAUUAAAAAUGGAUAAAACUCACUUUUUGUUAUUGUUCAUCAUCCCUGCCGCGAUAAUAAAAAGAUAUUAUGUCUGCUUUUUCGCGAUCAUACCAUUAUCUAACAUAAUGACAAUAGCUAUUGAUGACUUAACCGCCAGAGGUAAACCGCAUUAUGCCGCUGUUUUGCACGCUUUUUCUGGAAAUUUUGUUGAACUUGUUAUCGAAACUGUGGCAUUGGUCGACGGAAAAUAUAAUAUCGUUCGUUCGGCUGUCUUGGGUUCUAUUCUAUGCAACAUCACUUUGGUUCUUGGUAUAGCUUUUUUGGCGGGCGCGUGGCCUUCAGAAAGCCGUCAAAAUCGAAGAAGUGAAUCUUCCAUCCAUUUGAAGGACUCUCAUUUCAAAGCAAAAUUAUUUGUGAAUACGAGUUCCUCAAUAUUGGCUCUUUCCGUUCUUGCUUUAGUUAUACCUGCUGCAUUUAGAAUGGCUUCUGUUUCACAAACAUCCACCGUUUCUGCUAAUAUUGAUUGUGACAUACAAAAUAUCAGUCAUGCAACCGCGAUCAUCCUUAUGACUAUAUAUAUUGCAUCGUUGGUAUUCCAGUUGAAAACCCAUGCUAAAGAUACACUUGCCGCAAUGGAAUAUAAAUGCGGUGAGGUUUUAUACCAUUGGACCUUUGACCUUUUCCUACUUGCGGGCUCUAUAGUCGGUAUUACCUUUUUCGCUAUGUACUUUGUUAGGGAUAUCGAAGAAUUUGCUGAAACAUAUAACAUUGGAAGUGGUUUUGUUGGAAUAGUACUUCUUCCUAUUUGCGUCGUGAGUAACUUUAUUGAGCACUAUGAAGCCAUCAAAGAAGCUUAUGAAGAUAAAAUUGAUACAUCUGUCAGCUUGAUUCUUAAUACCUCUGUGCAAAUGGCAUUGUUAGUGACUCCUCUGCUUGUUUUAAUUGGGUGGGCCAUCGGUAGACCAUUAUCAUUGGAUUUUAAUAUUUUGGAAAUUUGUGUGUUGGCUGGUGCCGUGUUAAUUGUUAAUUUCUUGGUAGCGGAUAAUAUGGCUACUUGGUUAGAAGGAUUUAUGCUUAUCGGUUCUCAAACCGCCGAACCUGAUUCUUGGAGUUCUCAGGUUGUUCUUUGGGGUUCUGUCACACUCGAGUUUCUUAAUGGUGUAAAGCGAAUUGAUAUCAAUUCAAGUAAUGGAGAUGAAGAAACCCUUGAUGAACCAGAGAUGAAAAAAG